AUGUACAAGACUUGGUUGUUCAACAACAAGAAAAAGAAGGAAAGGAAGGAUAUGAUAAAGUAUGGGAGGAAAUGGACGCCUAGGAUGGUGAUCUACCAGGAGAAUCGGGAAGAGGUGCUGAAGAGGAUCGAGGAUGAGUCCGGGGCAAAGCCAGGAGAUCCUGGUAUGUUCACGCAUUAUCAGGCGGCUGUGAAGAGAGUCAUGGCUGAAUUGUCCGACAACGAGUUGGAGAAGGCGAAAGAAACCACCAAAGAAUGGUCCAACAACUGUCCUCCUCCCAAGAUACAAGCACAGGUUGCCCGUAAGAAGGGACCUACAUAUAUGGAGCACUUUUUGAAGGAGAUGUGGAGGCAAUGUGGGAUGAGAGUGUUUGUGUUGUCAGCUUGGAAGAAUGAACAGGGCGAGGUGCUGUUCGGGAUGUGA